AGCUUGGGAACGGUUGCUAGGGGUGGGUAAUGGGUAAAAAAAAAAAAAGGGGGGGGGUACCGGGGAGCGGAUAAGGAGGGCUAAGGGAGGGGGCGAGGGUGGGAGCAAUGCAAAAGGUAAGGCCAGGUUACCGCGGCUCGGCCCCGAGUGGGCUGCGGCCGGGGGAGGGGCGAGAGAUACAUAUGUAUUUCUGUCUCCCCAGCACACCCCCUUCCCUCUAAGCGAUGGCUGAGAGGCGGUGCAUGCAGAUGGGGAGUAAGUUUCCUGAAGGGGAGGGUGGAUGCACGCGCGCAGCCCGGCGCUGCAAAUUUCCACCGGGGAGGGAGAGCGGCUGGAUGCGGAGAGUUUGGAGUUGCUUGCCGCGGAGGGCAGGAAGGGGAGCAGGGCUGGGAAAGGGGGCUGGCGGGCGCUAUAUCUGGGAGUAAGUUUCCAGGAUCGGGAGAGCCUGCACGCUUGCUCACUCCUCUGCUCGCCCCCCAUCUCACCCCCCAAGCGGAGACGGGUCUUGUUGGAUUGCCCAUGCACUUGUUGCAGAAACAGCCAAGGCCCUGGCUGUGGAGGAUGCUGAAGGAAGAAGACACCGAAGCAGGACGACCUUGAAAGAUUAAGCCUCUUAAUCCCGAAACAGAACCAGGUCUCCUCUUCCCACCUGUCCAGCAGCAUGAAAGCAGCAUGACUGGCCAGCCACAGGAGAAUCCCCCAGAGCCAGGCCCCCAACUCAGCCAUCUACUGCGGAGGUCAAGGUGUGAGCGGCGUCUCCUCACCACUGUGGUGUUUGGCUCGUACCUCAGCCCGGGUGAGGAUGUAAAACGCCCUUCUCUGCACACGAGUGGUGCAGGCCGACGGGAACACCUGGCUCCAGCCACAUUCACAGACAUGUCAGCCGUGGAGUAGUACGGACACUUUCUAUCAGCUUCUCAGGGUUUCAGUCCUUUUGGGUUUGUUUCAUUUACCUUUUUUUAUGGUUUUGUGGCUGGACGUUCACAACCAAGGCAGACACCAUGGGGGAUCAACAACUGUACAAGAGCAACCACGUGGCCCACGGUGGUGAGAACCUUUUCUACCAACAGUCACCCCUUGGCGUCCACAGUGGGCUGAACCACAACUAUGGGAAUACAGUCACAGGGGGUGGAAUGGAUGCCCCCCAGGCCUCGCCCAUCUCCCCCCACUUCCCUCAAGAUACACGGGAUGGCCUGGGCUUGCCUGUUGGCUCCAAAAACCUUGGCCAAAUGGAUACCUCGAGGCAGGGAGGAUGGGGAGGCCAUGCAGGGCCUGGAAAUCAUGUCCAGCUUCGUGGCAACCUGGCCAACUCAAACAUGAUGUGGGGGGCACCAGCCCAGGCUGAGCCCACCGAUGGCUACCAGUACACCUACUCCCAGGCCAGCGAGAUCCGGACCCAGAAGCUUACCAGCGGUGUCCUACACAAGCUGGACUCUUUCACCCAGGUGUUUGCCAACCAAAACCUGCGAAUUCAGGUUAACAAUAUGGCCCAGGUGCUGCACACCCAGUCGGCAGUGAUGGACGGAGCCCCCGACAGUGCCCUCCGCCAGCUGCUGUCUCAGAAGCCCAUGGAGCCCGCCGCACCGGCCAUCCCUUCCCGCUACCAGCAGGUGCCCCAGCAGCCUCACCCUGCUUUCACUGGCGGGCUGUCCAAACCGGCUCUCCAGGUGGGACAGCACCCCACCCAAGGGCACCUGUAUUACGACUACCAGCAGCCAGUGGCUCAGGUGCCAGUGCAGGGAGGACAGACGCUGCAGGCCCCGCAGAUGCUGUCACAGCACAUGCCACAGAUGCAGCCGCACCAGUAUUACCCUCAGCAACCCCAGCAGCAGGCCGGGCAGCAGCGCAUCUCCAUGCAAGAAAUCCAGUCGCAGCCGCAGCAGAUUCGCCAGCCGCAGCCGCAGCCGCAGCCACAGCUGCAACUCCAGCAGCGGCAGGGUUCAAUGCAGAUAGCUCAGUAUUACCAGUCCCAACCCAUGAUGCAGCACCUGCAAGAGCAGCAGCAGCAGCAAAUGCACCUGCAGCCCCCUUCUUAUCACAGGGACCCUCACCAGUAUGCCCCGGAGCAGGCGCAUGCCAUGCAGCUGAUUCAGCUGGGUUCCGUGCCCCAGUACUACUACCAGGAGCCCCAGCAGCCCUAUAGCCACCCCCUGUACCAGCAGAGCCACCUGCCCCAGCACCAGCCACGGGAGGACAGUCAACUGAAGACUUACUCUAGCGACAGGCAGGCCCAGGCCGUGCUGAGCUCCCACGGGGACCUGGGGCCUCCUGACCCAGGAAUGGGAGAUGCAGCAAGCUCGGACCUGACCCGGGGCAGCAGUGCCCUCCCGCACCGACCCCUCCUAUCCCCCAGUGGGAUCCACCUCAACAACAUGGGACCUCAGCAUCAGCAGCUGUCUCCCAGUGCCAUGUGGCCCCAGAUGCACCUACCUGAUGGGAGAGCCCAGCCAGGGUCCCCUGAGUCAAGUGGCCAAUCCAAAGGAGCAUUUGGGGAGCAGUUUGAUGCCAAGAACAAGCUGACGUGCUCCAUCUGCCUGAAAGAGUUCAAGAACCUGCCUGCCCUGAACGGCCACAUGCGGUCCCACGGGGGAAUGAGGGCCUCCCCCAACCUCAAGCAGGAGGAAGGAGAGAAGGUCCCGCCGCCUCCACCUCAGCCGCCACUGCCGCCUCCGCCUCCGCCGCCACCACAGCUCCCUCCCGAGGCAGAAAGCCUCACGCCUAUGGUCAUGCCCGUGUCUGUCCCUGUCAAGCUUCUCCCGCCCAAGCCCAGCUCUCAGGGGUUCACCAGCAGCGCCGUUGCCGCCCCCUCCGCCAGAGACAAGCCAGCCAGCUCGAUGUCGGACGACGAGAUGCCUGUGCUCGUGAGGAUGACCCUCUCUCCCCCACACUCACCCCAAGGGGCUGCCCCCUGCACGCCUGCUGAACUCCCCAGGAAGCACCAGCCCAGCGUGCCCAAAGCCGAGGAGCCCCUCAAGACCGUGCAAGAGAAGAAGAAGUUCCGGCACCGGCCAGAGCCACUCUUCAUCCCGCCACCGCCCUCCUACAACCCGAACCCCGCCUCCUCCUACUCGGGCGCCACCCUGUACCAGAGCCAGCUGCGCUCCCCACGCGUCCUCGGGGACCACCUGCUCCUGGACCCCACCCACGAGCUGCCCCCCUACACUCCCCCGCCCAUGCUGAGCCCGGUGCGCCAGGGCUCGGGGCUCUUCAGCAAUGUCCUCAUCUCUGGGCACGGCCCGGGCGCCCACCCUCAGCUGCCCCUCACGCCCUUAACGCCGACGCCGCGGGUGCUGCUGUGCCGCUCCAACAGCAUCGAUGGCAGCAAUGUGACAGUCACCCCAGGGCCUGGAGAGCAGACCGUAGACAUUGAACCACGCAUCAACAUUGGCUUGAGAUUCCAAGCAGAAAUCCCAGAACUCCAGGAUGUCUCUGCCCUGGCCCAGGACACACACAAGGCCACACUGGUGUGGAAGCCCUGGCCAGAGCUGGAAAACCACGACCUCCAGCAAAGAGUAGAGAAUCUUCUCAAUCUUUGCUGUUCAAGUGCGUUGCCAGGUGGAGGGACCAAUUCUGAAUUUGCUUUGCACUCCCUGUUUGAGGCCAAAGGCGAUGUGAUGGCUGCUCUGGAAAUGCUGCUGCUGCGGAAACCAGUCAGGUUAAAAUGUCAUCCUUUAGCAAAUUACCACUAUGCCGGUUCGGACAAAUGGACCUCCCUAGAAAGAAAACUGUUUAGCAAAGCACUAGCCACUUACAGCAAAGACUUUAUUUUUGUACAGAAGAUGGUGAAGUCCAAGACCGUGGCUCAGUGUGUGGAGUACUACUACACGUGGAAAAAAAUAAUGCGGCUGGGGCGCAAGCACCGGACACGCCUGGCGGAAAUCAUCGACGACUGCAUGACAAGUGAAGAAGAGGAAGAGUUAGAGGAGGAGGAGGAAGACCUGGAAGAAGAUAGGAAAUCUACAAAAGAAGAGGAGAGUGAGGCGCCGAAGUCGCCGGAGCCACCACCAGUCCCCCUCCCGGCUCCCUCGGAGGGGCCACCUCUGCAGGCCCUCAGCCAGCCCUCGGGCUCCUUCAUCUGUGAAAUGCCCAACUGUGGGGCUGUGUUCAGCUCCCGUCAGGCACUGAAUGGCCAUGCCCGCAUCCAUGGAGGCACCAACCAGGUGACCAAGGCCCGAGGUGCCAUCCCCUCUGGGAAGCAGAAGCCUGGCACAGCCCAGAGCGGGUACUGCUCGGUGAAGAGCUCGCCCUCUCACAGCACCACCAGCGGCGAGACAGACCCCACCACCAUCUUCCCCUGCAAGGAGUGUGGCAAGGUCUUCUUCAAGAUUAAAAGCCGAAAUGCGCACAUGAAAACUCACAGGCAGCAGGAGGAGCAGCAGAGGCAGAAGGCUCAGAAGGCAGCUUUUGCAGCUGAGAUGGCAGCCACUAUCGAGAGGACUACGGGGCCGGUGGGGGCACCGGGGCUGCUGCCCCUGGACCAGCUGAGUCUGAUCAAACCCAUCAAGGACGUGGACAUCCUCGACGACGAUGUUGUCCAGCAGCUAGGGGGCGUCAUGGAGGAGGCUGAGGUCGUGGACACUGAUUUGCUCUUGGAUGAUCAAGAUUCGGUUUUGCUUCAGGGUGACGCAGAACUAUAAAGCCCUGUGUGUUGCUUAGAGACAUUGAAAACCCACAGCCUCCGACUUCAUUAAUCAGGAAACCUGGACUGCCUGCUUGUUUUGUAACCCUUUUAAACUACCUGUUUAAAAAGUGGUCGUUUUAUUCAGGUUUAGAGAAAAAAAAUCCCAUUUCUUUUCCUUUUAUUUAAAAAAAAAUGUUUUUUGUGGGGGGUUGGGGGGGAAUAAAUAAUUGGCACAACUAUCUUUAAGAGGUGUUUCAUCUGGGCUGCAUUCUCAUGAAGUCAUUCCCAGCAGGGGACGAAACUGACGUUGAUGUUCCACUGCAUUCCGAUGUCAAUCACCCCAAAGCUUGCUGUGAGUGUGUGUGUGAAUCAGGCUACCCUCUUCGUGCUGGGGCCUUCGGGCCGUCUUUUCCCACCAGGCAUCAUUUUUAUUCUGUUCUGACCUCAUUCUGUAGUUUGCAGUAAGUGUGGCAUCUAUGCCCUGGUGGGGAGAGGGUAGCUUUCCAGGGACCCUCCUGUUACACGGCCCUCCUCCAGCACACAUGUUACGCAAAGUAGUGACCAAGUGGGCAAGUAGGUUCCCUCUGCAUUGCCUGUCACUCUUUGGUAGGAUGCAGUACUGUAUCAUUGCAGGCAUUCACUCCUAGCUGUGAUUUACUAAGGACCUGGUUUCUAGAGCAGGCUCCCCCUCUUCAAGUUCCCCGGGGGCUCGUCAGCUCCACGUUGUGGGUAGCAGAGCUGUGUUUCAGCAUGAACAGACUAGAGGCCCUCCUGGAGACAAGUACCCCAACCAUGAACAUGAAGUUGCCAGGACUGCUUUCGUUUCAGGGUGAUGAAGGGCUGGCAUUGAAGUACCUGGAAUGCCAGGAAAUGUUCUUUUGCCCCGCACCCCCCCUCAAAAUCAAAAGAGCCUAUUCUUUUUUGCAACACUGUCAAUGAUUAUGGAGUCCUGCAAUUACUUUGUGCCACUCGGAAGUACUGUGAAACCUCCUUCACUGGGAUUUUGCUUAAUUCACGUCUGCUGGACUGAAGUUUACCUUAAUGCUAGUUAUAAGAAAUAAAGUUUUCUAACAUGUGUGAUAGCCAAUACAAGACAAAUAGCAUCGAAGGCCAACAACAAUGGCUUCAGAUUACCUUGAGCUACAAUGUGUGCAUUCAAACAUGAAUGCAUUCAUUACAAGUCACUUACCAAAGCACUCUAGACUUCUCCGCGCUACAUGACUUUGCUCUGCCUCCUCCUGCCUCUAUCAGCAGGGUUGCUGUUUGUACUUGAAGGUAAUAAAGCGAUAAUCCUUCAAAAAUGCCAUUUCGCCCAGGCUUUUGAGCUGAGUCAAACUGAACCAUCCCAUUGUUAGGGCAGAAAUCAGACAGGGACGCAGCCCCAGUGCAGAAAGGAUCCUGCUUCUCACAGCUCCCCUUAGGUGUUAACGCUGUGUGACUUCCGAAGCAGGUGUUUCAAGCCUCGCCCCACCCCAGGUACGCUGUGGCUGUCAGGCUGGGCCACUUUGCUGGCAUCUUUUAAGUUUGACCCUGCAAAAAUAUUUGGCACAGCACUCGGAGCCGGCUGUGGCCCACAGCAGCCCUACACAGGCGGUGGCCUCUGAAUCUCAGGAAAGCCAUGGACAGAAGAAAAAUACAAAGAUAAUUUUCUUUUCCAUCAUUCUGUUUUCAGAGAAGUCUUAGAGCUUUCCUUCAACUUUUGUUUAGAGAAAAAAGUUUUAUCUGAUGCUUUUUCGGAAAGGUUAUCCUCUCCUCUGUUUUAUCUAAGCAGCUUUGAGUUAAGGGCUGUCUGGGCAGUGUGCAUCAAGUUUGUGGCAGAACUGUGACUGAAACAUUCCAAUUGUCAUGCCACUGGCUGAUCGUCCGUCCUGGCGACGGUUUUCCUCCCCUUACCAGUGUCUCGGGGUGAGUCUAGAAUGGUUUUGCUAUUGGGUCUAUGGAAGCAAACAUCCAGAAAAAUGUUUAUAAAGCAAAUGUGUUCCUUCUGUUUGGAGACUUGCCCAGCUGUUCUGGUUUUAAACAUUAAAAAUAAACUGAGUUGCCAUGGCAAAAACAGAACGCACAAUUUACUUUUAAUUUUCCUUGCAGUAUAGCAUAGGGAUUUCUGACUUGAAAUAACCAAAGAACUCCUCCUUAACGAGACAGUUCAGAUUCCUGACUUAGUAUUUCUUGACUAUCAACUUAAAGAAUUGACUUCCUAGUAAAAUAUUGCACUUAUUUUUUUUCCGGAAAUGGUUCUGCCUGCAUGUAUGUGUUGUGUUUUAGCUUCCCCCCACCCCAAAAACUUUUCUUCCUAAUGGUUAAUGUCUUCAACUCGGUUACUGUUUACUAUCAGAUGGUUUUUCAUUAGUGAAUUUAGGCCUCUUUGAGAAAGCUUGUAUAUAAAAAGUUAACAGAUAUAUUUUAUGGAAAAACCCAUCUUAUUUUCAAAUAUAUUUAACUGCUGUUAUAUUUUAUUAGAGGAAGGUUGUACAUAUUUUCUAGGAGUUCUAUUGUAAAGAAAAGUAUUUUUGAAAAAAAUUAAUGUAAUAAAAAUGAAAACAUUUUUAAAUAGUGGUUGUGAUUGCUUCCUGUUCUGGCUUCGUUAUGUUCUGUUCUCAGCAAAUGACUUGCAUGCCUUCCAUAUUAGGAUGUAAUUUGUUCAGGUUUGCACUAAUUAUAAGUUGACAUCAUAAGAUCUAGUGUGCUUAACUGUAUUUUCCCGGAAUGCAGUCCCUUGGUCCAUAUCAGAGCACUAUGUAUAACAUAUUCAUAAUUUUUCUUUUGUAAUGUGUGUAUUUUUAAUAAGAAUUUUAUGUAACAUUUUGGCAAAAAAGAGGACAGUAUUUUCUAGUGAAUUUUAUAAUAACAUUUUGCUAAAAAAUGUUUCUUCCUAGGUCAGUUUUUGUUAAGGUGAACCAAAAGUCUUAUUUUACCAGGGGUUUAAAAAAAAAGUUUGAAGCUUGAAAGAAAAAGUUAUAUUUAAACAUCAACUGUAACAAAUAAAUAAAGAUGUUUUAUAGAUUUGUCCUAAAAAGGUGCAUUCCUU